AUGGCAGCUCCUGGCAAGACUUUUAUUGUCGAGCAUCUCGACCCUGAACUAGGCCCCUGGUCAGAGCUUGAGUAUCUCGCUAUUGCUCGCGAGACGCAGGAUACUCGAGGCUCUUUCAUCCUCUCCAGUUUGCCUUCCACUUUCAAGGUCCCAGCAGACCUUGCCAGCAACCCCGCCUUCACUGCUGAGCAGCGUGGUGUUGAGGAGCUUUAUGCUGCCAACAAGUCCAAGGUUUGCCUGCUCGAUCCAUCUGCCGCCAAGGACCUUUCUCCUGAGGAUGGCGAGACCUUUGAUGCCUUUUUGUUUGGCGGUAUCCUCGACCGUACUUCAGAACUCCGAAAGAAGGGCUUUGAGGGCCGCAGACUUGGUCCCAAGCAAAUGACGACAGAUACUGCUGUGCGAGUUACCCGUAUCGUCGUUCAAGACAAGGCUCACCAUUUAUCAGUGCCUGUCGAUCAGGUCCCCUACUUGGACUUUCCCGAGCUCAAGUUUAAUGAACACGAGAGCACCGAGAUGCCAUUCCGCUACGUCAAGGGUGAAGAUGGCAAGCCCAUUAUGCCUAAGGGCAUGGUUGAGUUGAUCCAGAAGGAUUCUGACAAGGCAGUGAAUGACCUUUUCUAA